CAAACAUGGCGGACACAGUGACAGCACAAAACCAAAAUCUAUCUAAAAGAAAGAUAUGGGUGCAUUUAAAACGUUUAGAUCAAACAGAACUAGAUAGCUAUAGUGACAGUGACGAUCAUACAGUUGUACGAAGUUUAUACCUCAAAGACCAGGAUGGAUUUAAUGAGGUCAAAGGUCGACUUUGUGAAGCAUUCCAAAUCUAUGAGGAAGGAAUUGUCUUUAAGCUUAGAAAUCACAGAGGAUCCCUGAUUCCAAUGAAAGGAAAUAUCCCUGUCAACUCCAAGUCUGUUCCCUACAUUCUGGAAGUAGCCAAGGUCCAUCAGAAUGUGACACCAAAGGCCAAGUCAAUAAAGAUCUCUGAUCAGACAGAAACAAUGAAGAAAAGAUUUGAAGACAUUAUUAAAAGGGUGGAAAAUAUAGAAUCUGUGACACCAGACCUAGACUUCAGAAGAAAGGAGAGAAUUGAGUCUGAGAUACGAGAACUAGAAAAUAAACUGGUCUUUCUCCAGAAGCGACUGAAUGAAGCGGAAGUCAGUCAGUGGAAGGGAAUGUUUAAAAAGAACCCGCUGUGGUAGAAAUCUCAAACAAAGGACUGUCUACGGUAAAGAACCCUUUGUCGGAAAAAAAACCCACUGUCAUAGAAAACUCCAACAAAGAACCCACUGUGGUAGAAUCUCCAACAAAGAACUGUCUGUUGUAAAGAAAACUGUGUGGUAAAGUGUGGUAAAGAACCUUCUGUGGUAGAAAUCUCAGACAGCUGAUCUAGUGCAAUGACAAAAACAUUGUCUACCUCUUGUUCUGUACAUUUUGUUACUUGCUCUUUGUUAUGUGUAUAAUGUGUUGUUGAUUUUUUUAAAAUGUUAAUUUGGGUCAUUCUUCGCUGCAUAAACGUCAAGUAAAUUUUUUUACAAAAACGGAAGCAAUACUUUGACAUCUUUUAUAGUUAUGUUAUAUGACCUGCUAUCUAAUUAGUGGAGAUUUUAACUGCAAUGGCCCUAAAAAACAGUACAUUUUAUUCAAGCUAGAAAAAGUGAUAAGAUGAUAAGAACUAAUAAAACAUGUAUGUGCCAAGAAUAUAAUUGCAUUUAAUAUUUAAGAAAUUUUGAAACAUAUGAUAAAAAAAAAUAUUUUUAAACAAAAACAAUUCUUUGACAUUUUUUAAAGCUCGUGGGAGUUGUUCAUUUAUUCAUUACACUUUCACUCUCAGAUAAAUAUUGUA